AUGCAAGGAGGAGAAAAAGACAGAGCUCAGGGAUACCAGGGGACGCGGGCAGCGGCGGCUUCUUCAAGACACCGAGGGAGAAGGGACGGGAAGGGGGGUGGGGAGGACGGUACUUCCACCCGCCCCCCUCCAGCCCGGGGGCGUGGCGCCGCCCCGGCCCUCCCACUCCCCCGGACCAUCCAGGUUGGGCCUGGCCGGGCCAGACUCGGCCCCCGCACACCUCCCGGGCCUCCGGCGCCGUCCCCCGUACCACCCGCCCCAACCGCCUCCGGUGGAGAAGGAGUAGGCGCAAGGCCCACACGUCCCUCAAACUUGUUGCAAGUUCACUCCCACGCCUCCCGCCCCUUCGACUCCCAGCUCCGGAGCCGGGAAGGCCCAUGCCCGCCCCGGCCCCUCCCGCCUGGUUACAUAAGGUCGCAGAGAAGCCGCCCCCGGCCCGGGCCUGCAGUGAGGGGCCGGAGGAGUUCCUGGGCUCGGCGGGCAGCGCCGCUCCGGCCAUGUGCCCAACGUCUCGGGCUAGACGGACAGCGGGGCGGGUGGCGGCGCGGCGCACACACUCCCUGUCCCCUCUUCAGCCGGCACCCCCAUCCACCCACCUGUCUCCCGGACCCACAGAAUCAGGGCGGGGGAGCCUGGGUCCGGGGUUCCCAGCCUUCCGCUCACCCUUUGGCCCUCGGUCCCUCUCACCUAUCUCUGAAGGUCAAUCCGUCCGCCGCCUGUCCCCCGCGGCUCCGGCAACUUGUCCCAAGUUCAGGUGUCCGGCCCGCGAGCUGCGCCUGCCGCCCCCUCCCGGACUCCUCCGGCUCCGCGCCACCGGGAAGGCCCGCCCUGCCCGCCCUUUCACGCUGCCGUCGGCGCCGCCGCCGCUCCCUAUGUCCAGCCCGCGGCCGCCGCCUCCGCUGUCACCGAGCCCCGCGCCCGGCGCCAGGGCUCCCACUGUCAAUCCGCACCCACUUCCCGCCGCGCCCGGCAGAGGGCAGCACACGCCCCCCGCGGUCCCGCCCCGCCCUGCUCCGCCCCUCGAGGGCCUACCGCGGCGCCCGCGGGGAAAUGUAGUCCCUCCCGUCGGUUCUGCCAGGCACGCCGGGAUUUGUAGUCCCACUCUGCGGGCCCUGGCCUGGGUACGGGGACUUGGCAUUUAACUUGGAACUUAUGUCGCACUUCGUUUCUGCCCCUUUUGCAAGUUUUUUUCUCUUCUCAGUCAGUGAUGCCACGCACUCCAGCUCCCUAUGUACACCUUGUGGCCUCUCUGACCCCAAGGAGAGGCCUGCAGGAGGCUGUCUUGCCUGGAGUCUAGGAAGGAUAUAGGGUCCCAGAUAGUAUGCUGUUGCUAUAGAAACUACUGCAUGGCAAACCUCAGUUUCCCUCAUGUUUGGGAGUGGAAUGCCAGACUUGGAUCUCGUGCUUUCACCCCUGCACCUGAACAUAAGGGACAAGGCUGGGGUCAGGCUGAUCAAGGACAGCAUGGAAAAAUAUGUCCAAGGAGCCUCCCUCCCUCCCAUUGUGAGUUUUCCAAUUAUACCCCUCCUCAAGCCUCAUCAGUCCUACCUGGCUGGUGACCCCCACCACCAUGCUACAGGGAAACAUUUUGCAGAUCUACUUCAUGUCAUUCCCCUGUUGGAAGUUACAUAGCUCUGAGCUACCCUUCUCUGCUUUCCCCACUUCCUCCUCUGCCCAGUACCACGUAGCCCCAGAUCUGUGGGUCUUUGACGGGUGGCUCCUAAGGAGAACAGGAAUGAAAUCUAGAGGAAGAAAACAUCUUCCCUUGUUCACUUCGUUACAACAAAUGGGCUUGAUUUCCCGGUGAUUCCAAGUAGCUAUUGCUCUUGUCCACAAUUAAGGGCCAGCCCUUCUUCAAACAGACCCCGGGGCGUAAGGGUCUAGGUGUAAAUAUGAUCAGUUUCACUCAACCCAGACCUUCUGAGGCCCUCUUGGAAACAGGUUCUGGUAACAUCACCCUCCUCCCGGAAGGACCCAUGAUUGCCACGAGUGCACACAGGCAUCCAGCAUCUCUCAGAAACUCCCAGUGCAAACCUGAUCACAGGUGAGGAGCCAAAGGCCUAGGUGUGGGAUGCAUUGGAAACCCCAGUCACAGUGCUAGAAAACUUGCCUGGGGUGAUUCUGGUGGUCAUUCGGUCAAUUAAGUCAGCAGAGCAUUUUGGGUGGUUGGGGUAGGGCCCCUUGACCCAUCACAAAGGAAUGCCCUGCUUCAAUGUCACUACCACUGUCUUCUCUCUCCAGAGACAAGCUGUGAAGAGACUCCAAGCUCUGAGGGGUAGAGGGACCAUUCCCCGAGCCCUACCUCAUGCCCCAUCCCUCUUAGAAUCUCAGUAACCCUCCUCCCCCCUCCCACCCCCGGCCACCACAAACCUCCUAGCCACUCAGGGAGAACACAGUCCAGUAGAGGCAAAUCUACCCCUGACUCCCACUCUUCACCCCACCCCCCCCCAUUCUUGUGAUAGGAGCUGCCUUACAGGCCACAACUGCCCUCUAAAAACAACACACUGGCCAACAUGGAAAAGAACUAUUUAUUAUGAGAGAAAACCCAAAAUCUAAAAAAAGAAGGCUGAGUCCAGAGAAGAAGCACACAGAGAAGCUCGGGGUAGGGGAUCUAGAGGAAGAAGGGAGCCCAGGCGUCCAGGCACUCAGUCUAGGCGGCAACAGCAAAGCCCACUCUCUUGUUGCCAAUGUCGAAGAUGGAAUAGUAGGACCUGAGGAAGACGUCCCCGAGGAUCCACAGGGGCUGGCCACUGCUAGAGGGCACCCUCGUGCCCGAGAAGGGGUUUGGAAUCGGUGGGUGGACAACGUGAGGCAGCAUUGCCAGGAGCUGGGAAAUGGCACAUGGUGAGGAGACCCAGCGCUUCCGGCUCCCAGCCCCUCCUCACACCCAGUCACAUCCCUGCAGACUUACUCUGAAGAGCAUCUCCGUCUGACCUCCCAUGAGACGGUGAGGUCUGUGAGGUUCCAACCCGGCUCAGAGCCCCAGGGACAGUCCCCACGUCCCGGGGCAGGGAGCAGCCUGCCACGUGGCUCACCCUUAGAGUGUCAUAGCCGUAGAUGCCGCGGAGGCCGCCACUGCCGUAUCGCACGGAGAAGAUCUGCCCGUUGCUGGAGGAGACUCUCAAUGAGAACUUCGUGAAGAGUGGAGAGAGUGGAAGAGAAAGAAUGUUGUAGAUGCUGCUGGGAGGGAAUGGCCUUGUCUGCAGUGAACAGAAUCGAGCAGAGAGAAGUGGGCCGGACCGACCAGAAGGGUCAGGCUGGAGCAGGUGAAGGAACACGUGUGGGUAAGAGGGAAGGCAAAGUAAUCACCCAGCUCCACGGCCGGCCUCUUCUCCUCUCUGUCUUGCACAUGCCCCUUGAUCCUGGCGAAGUCCCUGACUCUCAGGAUUGAAGUGCCCCGGCCUCACAGUCCCUCACCAGCCACCUGUCCUUGCAAGCCCAGCACUUACCACAGGCCUGGCUCUGGCAGUGGACAGAGGGCACCCACAGGCUGGAGGAACCAGUAUCAAAAAGGACAAGGAAGUUCUGCAGAGGAGUCCCAAUGCUGAUCUCACCAAGGAGGAAAGCAGUCCUGCCAUCCGGGGUCUGUUUGGACAGCAGUCACCCUUACUACCCUGUGCCGGGUCCUUCUUUUCUCAUCAGAGGGGAAAGCGCUUCUGCAACCACCAACAGAAUUAAGUCUGCAGAAAGGCAUGUGGCCCCAAGUUAAAGAUUACAGGGGAAAACCCCAGGAUGCUCAAGACAAUGAAAACAAAGCCCAAAAGAACAAGAACUGAAUUAGCCCGCGCAAUCACAAGGUGUGCGGCCUCUGCUUUUGUUACCAGAGAUAGCAUCACUCACACAAAUUGCUGAGAUGUUUUGCAGAUCCAGACCAGGGAAGGGAAUGACCACCCAGUCACAGUUGAUGAAACCGGACAGACCAGGGCCGGAAAGACAAGUCAAUCAGUCCUGAAGUUGACCCGAUCCCUGACCCAUCAGAAGAACCCACGACUCUCAGCCCCCUACCCUGCGUUCAGCAUUAGCGCCCCAUUCUCUGAGUAGUGUAACACCAGUAAAGAAGCCUAUCUUUCUUCACCGUGAA